CACUCGGGACAGCGUCGACCAAUCAGAUAGCACUGAGGGUCUGUAGUUGGGGAGCGGGUCCACCGCCAAAUUCAAACACAGAAAGACUUCCCGUUGACUACUACAGUUAGACGUUUCUCCAGGAGACACACAGAGAGGGAACAAACAACUUUACAAGCUUCAGCAUGUCGUCGUCGGUGAUGAGUGGCGUGGCGGUGUGGAGGGCUCACAGCGUUCUGGAGGAGUCAGACGGGGGCGAGUCCAGCUCCCCUGAGGCACCCCCCCCUGACCGCUUCAGGAAGCUACGCUCCUCCUCCUCUCUCAACUCCCUCCGCAUGUCUCUGAAGAAGAGGCUUCCACUGCGCUCUGUACAGACCAACUCCCUGCCAGACCCUGAGCUGACCCCUGACCCCACCUGGGAGAGUCUGCAGGCCAAUCAGAAGACCAACGCUGUCUGCCAGCUCACACGCAGCGCACGCAGCCACAUCGGGGGAGUGUACCAGAAGCUUCAGAGGAACAGAGCAGUGGUACAGGAUCAGGAGGAGUGUUUGGUGGCGACACCUGGCCAGGUGUGUGAGGGGGGAGAGAACAACGAGGGGGUCACCUCCCGUACACCCAGGCGCACCCCCGUCCGUUCCACCACACUCAUACCUACAACAACCCCCAGAGCCACCGCGCCCAAACGCACCCCUGCCUCAGGCCGCAGGGGGAGGAGAACCCCAGGGCGAAGUCCUGAGGUGACAGGGGUGAAGAACGUGGGAGGGAGGAGGCAGCUGGUUCGGAUGGCUGCACUACGAAGCCCCUUCGCAUCUCCUAACACUCAGAGCCUCAGACGGAAGUUUGGCCGGGACCUGGAGAGUGUGUCCAGCGGUCUCAGGAAGCUGAAACGUCUGUCCCACGCCUUUGAUGAUGUCAUAGGGAGAGACGACCGCAGAACCUUCAACUACUCUCUAAUUGCAGAGUGAAUAUGCAGAGGUCCUGUGCAGCAGAGCGUUAUGGAGGGGUGAGGAGGUUGGACCCCAGCGGGGGGCUGGGCUACUCCUCUUUCACAGAGCCAGACGCCUCCUACCAGCUCAGCCAAACGCCUCCUACCAGCUCAGUCUCACGUCAGAAUUAGACGUUGAUCCAUGUUUCUCAAACGUCAAAUUGCAAAGUUUUUUUAAAAGAUUGAGUUUAGGCAUUUAACUCAAAUGUGUAAGAUUUAGGGUUAAGUUCAGGCUGGUUUCCCCCCCUCAGCUCCCGACGUCCUCAGACAUAGAUUGGACGUCGGAUGCUGACUUGUAUCACGGGGGACCUGGUUCACCUUGCAGUCCUCAAGCCACACUGAACCCCACAUACCUUCCUGUUACAGUGUGUUGGUGUGAGGAAUAUCUAUCUUUCCAUAUUCUAGAUGUACAGUUGCAGCCAAAUAGAUUGGCAUCCUUGCCACUUCUCUUAAAUAAUUCCCUUUUUCUUCUCUUAAGUUAACGUUUGAAAUUGGUCUCCACACCUUUUUGUUAUUGGAUUGUCAACAUUGCAGAACAUAUGUUUAUUUUGUUGCUAGUACUUGUUUUUGCACAGCUUUUUGUUCAAGAUAACUGCCGACAAAUGUUUCUUCUUCCAUCAAUGAGCUUGCUGCACUAUUCUACUGCCGAUUUGACCUUCAGAAAAUAACGGAUCUAGUUAUUCAAUGCCCUCCACCAACUGCUGUUUGGAGCUCUCCCCCCAAGGUAAGGGAUGUGAUUCUGGACUCUUCACUGGCCUCUCCAGAACAGUCCAGCGUUUUCGUCUUGAACCAUUCCAGGGUGCUUCUAUGUGUUUUAGGGUUGUUGUCCUACUAGAAGACCCACAACCUUCAACAGAGAGACAUUGCACUCCAAAAUGCCCUGAUAAUCUGCUCAUUGAUUAUUUUGUCUUGUUGGGGGGGGGUCCAAAUCAGGCUUUCUGGUGUCUCCUUCAGCAGCGGGGUCUUCCUGGUGUUUACCAACAACCAAAACAAAGCAUUCAGAUAAAAUUACACCCUCCCUACAAUCAUAGAUGGUGGAGGUUUGAUCAUGCUGUUGGGUUGCUUUGCUGCUUCUGGUACUAGUGGUCUUGGAACACGUGCAAGACAUGAAAUCAGCAGAUUCUGGGUUUCUGGAGUCCAAUGUUCAACCCAGUAUCCAAAAACUGGGUCUCCAUUAAAGGUUGUGGGUCUUCCAGCAGGAUAAUGACCCCUAAACAGAGGUUCCGGCGUGCCCAGCUAAGAGUCCCCUAAUUGACAGUUGAAAAGGUGUGUCAGGAAUAUAUAUUUUUUGCUUCAAGAAGUGUUCGCGGUUAUCUUGGUCAAUAGGCUGUGCAACCAAGUACUAGCUCUGAAGUGCCAAUAAUUUUGUCGAUGACAUUUGUCUUUUAAGUUUACAAUUUGUAAUUUUAGAAAAUAAAGUUUACCAAAAAAUAAAAUUGGUUCUGCAAUGUUGAAGAUCUAAUAAGGUGUGGUGACUAAACGUUUCUCAAAUUUGAACUUAUUUGAGAAACGGGGGACUAAGAAAAGUAUAUGCGCGUGUAUUGGUACAUACCGGUUACGGUCUACCCGCCUGGGACAGUUUCUGUACAGUAUGUUCGUGUAUUCUAUUCACCUUAUGAUUCCCUGCCCACUUGACCCAGUUCCUGAUCCAACAGGAUUGUUUGCCCAUUCACAAACAAACAAAAACAUUGUUAAAUAUAAAUUACAUUUGUCAAAAAUAUUUUUAUACAAGACCUGAAGGAGGAAAAAGUCACAAAUUGGAUUGUCCUCGUUGACACGGGCAUCAUAAGGUGAAUAAUUAAACAGAAUGGGAUUCGUUUCUAUGUUCAUAGAUUCUAUAAUGUAACAGGUUUGUUUUAUACGUGAUGGGAUGUUUAAGGUAAAGCCGGGGGUGAAAGUAGAUGGCAUUUCUUAUCGGUAGCGGUCAGCCAAGAGCACGCACGCAUUUUUACUGUGAACAUGACAGAGUAGCUUACUCUGCUGACACUGACGAACAGAUCAACAAAACCCGAUGUCUGAUCCAUAUAAUUGGCCUACGAAAACGGGAGGCACAAAUACAAUGGAGGGGGAUAUUAUUGUCCAAAAACAAACAAAAGUGGCACUGAUUCAAUGAUAAAGACUGAAUAUGCACACACCGGGGGGGACAUGGCCGAUGUUCUCUGCUGGUGCCAGGAAGAUAGGCUACUGUUCGUUCGAUUAAGUUAAGAAUUUUGAAAGUUAAAAUACAGAUUGGAGUCUUCUGACUGUAAUAUGUUUUACAGCAAUAUCCAUUUGCUUUCUAAACAGUUUUUCCGGAUUGUAAUCUUUAAAUAUUGCUGACAGUCGCAACGCAACAGUGAUCUAUUGGUAUUGCAGCAGCCGCUGCCCACAUUGCGGGCCCUUCCGACUGUUGGCGAUUUAAAACAAUCCACACGUUAAUAAAAUAAACUAAUGAUCCUCUGUUGCCAAAUCAUGCUUUCUGGUGUAGUAGCCUAUUUUGAAUGAUUUUAUUCAUUUAUGUAUAGACAGGAGAAGCUAAUUAGGCUAUAUAAUUUUGCCAAUUUAAUUCAAUUUAGGGAAAGCUUAGUUUAUGCCUUUUUUUAAACGUGGCAUAAACACAACCAGUUAUGGUGUUUUCAUCCGGUUGUCAAACAAUCACUUAAAGGCGCUCCUGUGGGCUACCCGCGCACAUUCAUCCACUUACAAAUUCAUUUCAGCAUCCAAACCCCAACAGUGCACUGUGCAUCCGCAAUUUGAUGAAUGGAAAGAUACAUGUGUUACAAAACACCUCCGUAUAGAUUGAAAUGACGUCCUGUGAUUGUCAUUGGGAGCAGUACACUUGUAGUCUGAAUUGAUGUAUCCACUGUUGUCCUCGGUCUCGGCCACUCAUCUCCGCCAUGACAAAACGUCAGUUUUUCUCCUCAAACGACAACGCAGUUUGGAGAACAUUCCACCCGGGUUCCAGUCAAUUCCGCUAAUUGUUCUUGCGGCUGACACGCAGUACUGUUCCAUAAUGGUGUAAUAGACUAGCUUUUUGGGGGCAUGUUGUAUUAAUAUGAAUAGGUUCGCUCUACCGGAACAUACAUUACUUUCACCCCUGGGUAAAGCUGACAUUCAAUUAGAGUCUAGGGCCACUGUUAUUCUAAUGGGAAAGGGGGAUACCUAGACAGUUGUACAACUGAAAUGUAACUCCAACCCCUCUGAAUCAGAGAGAGGUGAGGAGGGUUGUCUUAAUGACGUCUUCGGCGUUAGGGGACUAAUGAUAACAUGUUAUUCAGAUAUUGGGAAUCCAUGAUGUAUAUUCUUGAUAACUACAUGUUAUGAAUCAAUGUUGCGUAUUCGUAAUAACUACAUAUCAGGAGUGAUCAGAGCGUCUCCUGUCGGCAUAGGGACUAAACUGACGAGACAGAGUCGCUGAUGCGAGUAACCAGUCUUGUAACAGCACAUUGCAAUACAUCCGGGUUACACUGGUGUUGCAGUAAUUCACAUUUACCGACAGACAGCAUCAAAGUGCCAUUUUACACCCAUAACACAAACCUUUCCAAAAUGCUUCACCAGGCACGUAGAUUAAGAACAAAUUCUUAUUUACAAUGACGGACAACUACCAAAUGUUACACUAAUAUUCUAUGAACACUAAUAUGUAAAGAGCAAAUGGCGACCCGUCAGGGCAGGUGGGGCUUGCCUGUUUUGCAUGUUAUUUUGGCAUUAAUAGGUGUCACAUAUCAGUUUGCAAAAAAUGUAGACAAAUAUAUAUCAUUGAGUUAAUAAAGCUGGAAACAAA